AGUCCUACAGUGUUUCAUAACAUCAGGUCUGAGCUCAGCCGAGCCACACGAACGACCAAGAGCCCGUAUCCUCUUCUCUGCAGCCCGGCAGUGAUGGCUCUCCUGUCCGUCCUCACGCCUGUGCUGGCGGUGGUUCUCUGCCUGGUGAUAGGCUUUACGCUGGUGAAGUCACGGGGGACGGAGACCACCACCUCGACUUCUCCGGCCAAAAGUAAAGCGGCAUCAAAAUCGGACUUUAGACCGUGGGUGGAUCAGGACUUACAGGACGAUACGGAAAUAACAAGACAGUACGAUGAUGGUGAUUGGGUGGACAGUAAUGAGGAGGAGAACCUUCCACACGUGCCAUACUCGCCACGACGUUACCCUGAGGAGACAAUGCUGGAGAGAUCCAAGGAUUUCUACAUUCUAAUGAACCAGCGGAGGUCUGUCCGAUUCAUCAGCCCAGAGCCGGUCCCACGAGAGGUCAUUGAUAAUGUAAUCCGCACUGCAGGUACGGCCCCUAGUGGAGCACACACAGAGCCCUGGACGUUUGUUGUGGUGUCAGACAAAGAGACAAAGCACCAGAUCAGACUGAUAGUUGAGGAGGAGGAGGAGGUGAACUACCGUCAGAGGAUGGGGGACAAGUGGGUCCAUGAUUUGGCCAAAUUAAGGACGAACUGGAUUAAGGAGUACUUGGAUGUUGCGCCAUACCUGGUCCUCAUCUUCAAACAGACCUAUGGGAUUCUACCAAAUGGCAAGAAAAAGACACACUACUACAAUGAAAUCAGUGUCUCCAUAUCCUGCGGAAUCCUGUUGGCCGCAUUACAGAAUGUAGGUCUUGUUACCGUCACAUCAACUCCCCUGAACUGUGGCCCUCAGCUCAGGCUGCUCCUCAAACGGCCAGCCAAUGAGAAGCUGCUGAUGCUGCUUCCUGUGGGUUACCCUGCUUCUGACGCCACCGUACCUGAUUUGAAACGCAAGCCUCUAAGAGACAUUAUGGUGCAAAUGUGACAGGAUCAAUCUGCAGAGAAAAUAAAAUACAAAAAGCAAAAUACUUUUUUCUU